UAUGGAGUGUGUGUGGGCAGUAGUGGUUCCUGUACUGCAGGUCUUUUCGGCUCUGUUGCUGCUCCUCAUGCUGCCUGCCAUGUUCGGCCUCUCCUCGAUCACCGAGACCUACAUGAAGCUCCUCAUCAAAACACUGGAGUGGGCAACACUGAAGAUCCAGACAAGCAAGAGAGAGGAGGUGAUGAAACAAUCUAACUCUUACGGCCUGAUCCAGAGAGACGACUCGUCGUUGGAGAAGGAGAUCGGCGAGCUGCGUGGCAAUAGGCCGAGGUCGGCGGUGGGCGGGGCCUUUGCAUUCAGUGACGUGUUCUACUUCAGUAGGAAGGGAAUCGAGAGCAUCGUGGAGGACGAGGUGACUCAGAGGUUCAGCUCUGAGGAACUCGUGUCCUGGAACCUGCUCACAAGAACCAACAACAACUUCCACUACGUCUCACUGCGCCUCAGCGUCCUGUGGGGGGUCGGGGUCAUAGUCCGCUACGGGAUCCUCCUGCCCCUCAGGAUCAUGCUCGCGUGUAUCGGACUCAGCUGGCUGGUCAUCGGGACCACCGUGGUCGGAUUUCUCCCAAACAGCAGGUUAAAAGAUUGGCUCAGUGAGCUUGUACAUAUUAUGUGUUAUCGCAUCUGUGCUCGAGGCCUUUCAGCCACCAUCCACUACCACAACAGAGAGAACAAGCCGAGAAAAGGAGGAAUCUGUGUAGCCAAUCACACGUCUCCUAUCGAUGUUGUGAUUCUGGCCAAUGAUGGAGGAUACGCCAUGGUGGGGCAGGUCCAUGGCGGUCUGAUGGGUGUGGUUCAGCGAGCGAUGGUGCGGGCGUGUCCACACAUCUGGUUUGAGAGAGCUGAGAUGAAAGAUCGCCACCUGGUGACACAAAGACUGAAGGAUCACAUAAACGACAAAAACAAGCUCCCCAUCCUCAUUUUCCCUGAAGGAACCUGCAUCAAUAACACGUCUGUCAUGAUGUUUAAAAAGGGCAGUUUUGAGAUCGGAGGCACCAUCUACCCCGUAGCUAUCAAGUAUGACCCGCUGUUCGGUGAUGCGUUCUGGAACAGUGGGAAGUACAGCAUGGUGAGUUACCUGCUGCGCAUGAUGACGAGUUGGGCCAUCGUCUGUAACGUCUGGUACCUUCCACCCAUGACCCAGCAGGAAGAAGAGGAUGCAGUGCAGUUCGCUAACAGAGUGAAGUCUUUGAUUGCGAGACAGGGAGGACUGGUGGAUCUGUCCUGGGAUGGUGGUCUCAAGAGAGCCAAAGUGAAGGACACGUUUAAACAGGAGCAGCAGAAGAUGUACAGCAGCAUGGUGGUCGGAGACGACAGCAGCAACUGAAACCCCAAACCCACCAAUCAGACUCUCAGAGACUUUAACUGAACAAUCAGAUCAGAUCAGAUUCAACAUCCCAAACUGAGUGUUAUCUCAGGUGCAGCUCGCACUCCAGAUGUUCACGUGGAAACACACGUCACUGAUGGUGAAAUGUAUAAUCAGAUAAAGCAGUGCUCCACAAACUUCUUCUUUCACCAGCAACCAUUUUAACACAAGACAUUUGUUCCAUGGCCCAGGGGGCGGAGCCUGUGCUCAACUCCACACAAUAACAUGCAUAUCAUAUUAAUAUUAUACAUAUGAUUUAUUUACUCAUUUAAUGAUCACAAAAAUGAAAUAAAACACCUGCAGACCAAUGAAAUGAUCCAGGGCCCGGUAACAAAUGAUCCAGGGCCCAGUACCGGUCUGUGGCCCGGUGUUUGUGGAGCCCUGAGAUAAAGUGUUCUACUGGUUCUGUUCUUAAUGACAUCAAAAUUCUGCUCCUGAAUUAUUUAUACCAACAACAAUGUGUUUAAUGUGAUGGGAUGAAUGUGAGAUCUGUAAUGAAUAAAACCCGUCCUUUAUCAGUA